AUGGCUGUCGGAGCUCCUGCCCAGGGCCUUCAUGAUGUGGCUCUCCAACGUCGCCAAAAGCUUAUGGGUGCCAGUGGCCCAGCAGCUUUAGUUAAAAACCUUCGUGUUUUCAGUAUUGCCUUGUUCGCUUGCAUUGGAGGACUAUUAUAUGGCUACAACCAAGGUGUCUUCUCUGGUGUUCUCACCAUGAACUCAUUCAUGUCCCAUAUGGGAAAUUAUGAUAGCACAGAUCCAGCAGAUCAAAGUAGAAAAGGGUGGUUAACAAGUAUUUUGGAAUUGGGUGCUUGGCUAGGAUCACUCCUGAGUGGAUUUAUGGCGGAGGCUGCUAGUAGGAAGUAUGGGAUUUUGAUCGCAACUGCCGUCUUCAUCGUAGGCGUCAUAAUCCAAGCCACCGCCAUAUCAGCGGGCCACUCUGCCAUCCUCGGCGGUCGUUUUAUAACCGGCCUGGGCGUCGGAAGUCUCAGCAUGAUCGUCCCAAUGUACAACGCCGAAGUUGCCCCCCCAGAAGUACGCGGUUCUCUCAUUGCCCUCCAACAACUAGCCAUCUGUGCCGGCAUCAUGAUAUCUUUCUGGAUCGACUACGGCACAAACUACAUAGGAGGGACCGGCGCGUCACAAUCCGACGCAGCAUGGCUGGUACCUAUCUGCUUGCAGCUCUUCCCAGCUGUGAUUCUGUUCAUUGGUAUUUUGUUCAUGCCUUUUUCGCCUAGAUGGCUAGUACAUCAUGGGAGAGAAGAGGAGGCAAGAAAAGUACUAGCGAGAUUGAGAGAUUUACCUCAGGAACAUGACUUAGUAGAAAUAGAGUUUCUGGAAAUCAAAGCUCAGAGUUUGUUUGAGCGGAGAUCGAUUGCGGAAUUAUGGCCUGGUCUCCAAGAAUUGACUUGGAUAAAUACUGCAAAGUUGCAAUUUGUGGCCGUGGGCAGUUUGUUUAGGACGAAAGCUAUGUUUAAGAGAGUGAUUGUCGCCACAGUCACUAUGUUUUUCCAGCAGUGGACUGGUAUUAAUGCAAUUCUCUACUACGCUCCCACAAUCUUCUCCUCCCUCGGUCUCUCCAGCAACACGGUCUCUCUCCUUGCCACCGGCGUCGUCGGCAUCGUAAUGUUCAUCGCGACCAUUCCCUCCGUCCUAUACAUCGACAAACUAGGUCGCAAACCCAUUCUCACCAUUGGUGCCAUCGGCAUGGCGACAUGCCACAUAAUCAUCGCGAUAAUCGUAGCGAAAAAUAGAGACUCAUGGGACGAGCAUAAAGCUGCGGGAUGGGCUGCUGUCGCUAUGGUUUGGCUCUUCGUGAUCCACUUUGGUUAUAGUUGGGGACCUUGCGCUUGGAUCCUCGUCGCGGAAAUCUGGCCCCUAUCCAACAGACCCUACGGCAUCGCUCUCGGCGCAUCCUCAAACUGGAUGAAUAAUUUUAUCGUCGGACAAGUAACACCUGAUAUGUUAAGUGGUAUAUCUUACGGAACCUAUAUUAUCUUCGGCUUAUUAACCUACGGCGGCGCGGCCUUUAUUUGGUGGGGUGUGCCUGAGACGAAAAGAUUGGGCUUGGAGGAAAUGGACCUAGUAUUCGGCAGCGAAGGCGUCGGCCGUGGCGAUCUCGAGAGAAUGGAAGCUGUACGCCGGGAGGUGGGACUGGAUAUAAUUCCUGGGAGGAUGGAUAGCAACGGCGAUGUAUCUCCCAUGACAGAGAAUAAGAGUGAAAGAGGAGAGAAGAUCCAUGAGAUGUAG